AGCGAAUGAUGGUACAUUAAGAUUAGAAGUUUGUUUUGCAUAUUUCCGAAAAUUUUCAGUGUUUCCUAGACAUCAUAAUCAAGAAUCGACUACCUACCCAUCAAACAAAAUGACAUCAUCAUCUAAACUGGCAUUUUAUUUUACUUGCGGAAGAGGAACUGAAGUUUUUGUAUGUGCCGAACUGAGAAAAUCAUUCAUUGAUUAUUAUACCAGCAAUAUAACCAAUGACAUCACAAAGGAUAUAAAUUAUGAGGGUGGAAAGGUUUUCGUCUCGAUCAACGCCACCACAGAUAAAAAAUUUCAUUUGUACAGACUGCUAACCGGCAUGAAAUUCCCUGAAAGAUUGUUCAGACUGAUCGUGAAUGUGCCGAUCGACAAAAGAAUUCACUCAUAUAAGCACGCUGUUUGGUUUUUAAAAUCAAGCUUAGAAAAAAUAACCGUGAGUGACUGGACAGAUACAUUGUUAACUUCUACAACUAAUGGAAAGAAUAGCGACAAUGGCGUUGACAAUGAUGGCGAUGAUGAUGAUGAAAAUGACAAUGAUGAUGAUGAAGUUAAAAAUGAUGAUGAAGAUGAUGAAAAGGAGGAGUGCACCAAAGACGACGAUGAUGAAUGUGAGUUAAUCAUUAAAAAGAGAAAAGUUUCAGGCAAAUCUUUCAGGGUUUCAGCUAAAUGUUCUGGCAGCAUUAGUAAACUGUUUGAUACUAAUAAACUCUCAAGCAUAUGUGGGUGCAAGAUUGUUGAGUUGACUGGCUGGCAGGUCGAAUUAAGGAAACCAGAUGUUGAGAUUUCUUUACAAUUGAAUGACAAGCGUUUUAUUGUCGGGACACCAGUGCUAAAUUCGCUAUUAUCGAAAAGAAGAUAUUUGAAACACAUAGGCCUUAGAAGCACGAUUGCAUCCAUUAUAGCAUCUCUAUGCUCAUUGAAGGUGGGUAUGGUUGUGGCAGACGUCAUGUGUGGUUACGGCACGAUUCUCGUUGAAGCUGCCAUGCUCUGCCCAGGUCUCAUUCUGGUUGGAUUCGAUAUUGAUGGUGAAGCUUGUAACAAAAUGAGGGAUAAUAUAAAAGAGAGCCAACGUUUCAAGAACUGCUGUUCUAUUGAUGUUCACCAAUGUGAUGUUAGAUACAUUCCUUUAAAGAAUGGAUCAGUGGAUAGGGUUGUGUGUGAUCUACCAUUUGGCUUGAAGCAUGACAGAACAUGUAGCGUUGAGGAUAUUCUGAUCUCUGUACACAAAAUUCUAAAGGUAGGCGGUCGGUGUGUGUUACUUUGUGGCGCCAACAUGUCCAACAAGUUCUCCAAAGUAGUCCAUGAUAUUUUUCAAUGUGUCUUAGACGGGAAAAAUGAAAAAUCUCCAACGAAAGAGAAAGCUGUUGAUUAUGUAAUGAAGUUAUGCUGGGAUAGCACUACACACGUUCCUAAUUCAAACCUUGAUGCGACUGCUGCGGAAAUUGAUUCUCUUUAUUCUGGGCCAGAUAUCGUUGAUGUGGCUUAUAAAGAUGCUACUGCAGCUUCAUCACCUGACGCUAAUGUCGUAGCCACAGCGACUACUGUUCAUCAUUCAGAUGUCGAUGUUUUCGUUAGUCAUCGUAACUUACGUGACGAUAAGUUAUUGUUUCCUCACUACAAAUCUAAAUGGUCGAAUGAAUUGUUUCAUUAUGUCAAACUCGGUGAAACUCAUGCAUACAUUUGCGUUUUUACAAAAAUUUGUUAACGUUCGCUCGCGUUUUUAUUCUAUUUAAAGUGUCCUUAUAUAAGUUUGACGAAAACAUCUUACCAGUUCUAAAAACUGGUCGACCAUUUGAAAUAAAUUUAUUUGAAAAUACCCAAUUCAAUGAAAUGAGAGAUGAAAUAACUAAACGACAAUGAAAAACCUUUGAAAA